AUGCAAGCUCUUUUCGAGGAUUUAGGUCCUAUACGAGAAUAUGAUGAAAGGAUAGAGGAAUAGGAUGACACCAUUUAUUCUCAGAUAGUUGUCUAUGAUAGAGACUCAUUGAGAGUGGAAUAACAAAAUGAUAAAGAUCUUUUUGAAGGGAUUUAAGGCACUUUUAAUAUUGAGUUACAAGAGACAAUGGAAACAACUUAUAAUAAAUACAAUGAGCUAAUUAAAAUAGCGACAGAAUUAACUUCACUAUUUGGUUUAUAAGACAUGUUUACAUUUAAAACAACUUAACUGACUAAGCUAUGUCUAAUAGGAUAAUUGUAGAUUUAAUCAGUGAUUGAAAACCUUAGUAAAGAUUAUUCCCACAUUAUUGGAGAGUUUUGUCUCUAUUCAAAAGAUAUCAAUCUAAAUCACGUUUAUUAAAUUCUAUCUAUCUUAAAUAUCAAUCUCUUACCCAAAAUCCUGCAUGUUUGUGAAGAGUUUUUCAUAAAGAAGCACACCAGGAAGCCAAAACACAUUCUCAUUGAAUUGCACUACAAUUUAUCUAAAUUCUUAUGUGUUUUAGAGGCCUUUCCUCAUGCAUGCGCCUCGUAAGACAUUAGAUAUGAAUAUAAAAAUAGCAUAAUUGUAAGAGAAAUUGCAAAGAAAGAUUAGAUUGAGCAUGCUUAUAAAUUUAUACUGUCUGCCAUUCAAUCAGCUUAGGCGAUGAUGCAAAAGAAAUCUGAAACAGAAACCAAAAUAUUCAGAGGCAUAAUCCAUAACUUAGGGCCAAUCUAUUACAUGCUGGCUCGAAAACAAGGCUUAUUGAAAGCACAUUAGUUAAUGGCAGAACCAACAGUGGAAUUGGCAUUUGCAGUUUGGAAUAUGGGUGAAACUGGCCUGGCUAAACAUCUGAUGCCAAUCAUAUUCCCAUCUAUAAAAUACAAAUAGUGCAUCUACAUUCCAAGAUACUUUAAACAGAUCAAUAUUGAAUAUGUGAAAUACUACUAGAAACAUUAUAUGGGUAUAAUCAGUCCGCCUUAGCCAUUGAUUGAUAAGAGUCCAAAACUGUUAUCGUUUUAUCAGCUAAUUGAGAAUGGCGAGGACAGAGUUAAGGUUCGAAUUCUAAAUUCUCAAGCAUUAACUAUCAGUCCAUCUUCAAGUUUAUAGAAUUACUAUUAAGAUCCAUUGAUUCAAUUAUAGAGAACCAAUUUUAUUGAUAGGUUGUUUCAUAAGACAACUAACACAACUUAUGAAAAUAUUAUUAUACAUAUUCAUGGUGGGGGAUUUGUUUCAAUGUCCUCUAGAUCUCAUUAAACGUAUACUAGAUUAUGGGCAAACUCUUUAGGAGUGCCCAUAUUUUCGAUUGAUUAUCGAUUAUCUCCCUAAUAUUCCUUCCCUGCAGCUCUAGAUGACUGUUGGCAAGCUUAUCUUUGGAUUAUUCAUUUUUCCUUACAUUACUUUAAUAUAACACCAAAGAAAAUAAUAUUAGUAGGAGAUAGUGCAGGUGGUAAUUUAUGUGCUGCCUUGACUGCUUUAUGUAUUCGAGAAAGUGUAUAUUUACCUGCUGGCAUAAUUUUAGCCUAUCCUGCACUAAAUCUUGAUCCUAAGAACUUCAAUAUGUAUCAAUUUGUUUCUUUAGAUGAUGGAUUGUUACCUCAUUCAUUUUUGAAAUUAUGUGUGAAAUCCUACAUCUAGGAUGAAACACUCAAUUACAAGGAUUCCUUGAUUUCCCCUGGAGAAGCCAUAGAUGAGGUGUUGUAACAAUUCCCCCAGACUUAUAUUUUGACAGGAACGAAUGACCCUUUGCAUGGUGACACCUGGACAUUAUUAGGGAGAUUGAUGUAAUCUAUUCGAAUAUGCUUAAGCAAUUUAGGGAAGAAAUGCAAAUUGUAUAAAUAUGAUUACAUGCCUCAUGGAUUUUUGAAUUUUUAUAAUUUUAUCCCGAAUGGAGAGUAAUGCAUAAAUGACGUUAUUCAAAUCAUAAAGGACAUAUUUUCAUAAUGA